UGUCACUAAAUCAAUUAAUCGACAUCUAUUUAGUACUGAAAUUAAACUUAGUACAAAAUGUUGAUAUAUCUGUUAUUUAUUUCAAUUUUAUUACUUCAAAAUGUCCAAGCUCAGUUCGGUGACUACAAACAAGACUUCGGGUAUGUGGAAGUUAGAACAGGUGCCCAUAUGUUUUAUUGGCUAUAUUAUACCACGGCAGACGUAAGCAACUACACAGAGAGACCAUUGAUAGUUUGGCUUCAAGGCGGGCCUGGAGGUUCAUCCACGGGUACUGGAAAUUUUGAGAUUUUGGGACCCCUCGAUUUGUCUUUACAAGAGAGGAACUAUACGUGGAUUAAAAACUUUAAUGUUAUCUUCUUGGACAAUCCGGUCGGGACAGGAUUUAGUUAUGUCGAUGACUUAAGCCUUCUUACAACCACUAACGAUGAAAUAGCACAAGAUUUCGUAAAAGUUAUGCAAGGUUUCUACACAAAACAUCCAGAAUUUGAAACAGUACCGCUAUACAUUUACGGACAGUCUUAUGGAGGAAAAAUGGCCGUAGACAUGGGUAUUCGUAUGCGAGAAGCUGAACUAAAUGGAAGUAUCAAAUCUAACCUUCGAGGAAUUGCUAUGGGUAAUGCCUGGAUAUCUCCCGUUGAUGCAACUUUAACCUGGGGCCCUCUGUUGCUGGCUGCUGGUCUAGUAGAUCAAAGUGGGUAUGAAGAUAUUCAACUGCAAGCUAGAGAAGCCGAACGAUUAUUUAACGCCGGUCAAUACUACGCAUCGACUCAACAAUGGGCACUAACACAGUCAGCGGUGUUUCGAGCUACCACUCGUGUUGAUUUCUAUAAUAUUUUAACAAAAAUGUAUUCUAUACCGGACACUCCUAGAAAAGUUGAAGAAUAUUUAAAAAAUAUGAUGAUAAGGGAUAUAUCAUAUGGAGUCCCAGGACGACAAGAAUAUGACCUCGGGACUUUAAUGAAUACACAGGUUAAACAAGCACUUCGUAUACCAGAAAAAGUUGUCUGGGCCUCACAAGCAAAUAAUGUGUUUGAUACAUUGCGUACCGAUUUUAUGAAACCAGUUACUGACGGCAUUGAAAAACUAUUAAACGAAACUGAUAUAAUUGUGACAAAGUAUAAUGGAAACUUGGAUCUGAUUUGUGAUACUCCUGGUCAAAUACUAUGGGUAGAUCGCCUUAAGUGGCCCGGGGCUGAAAAUUAUAAAAACGCAACUAGACAACCAAUAUGGGAAAACAACAAAUUAGAAGGAUACUAUAAGAGUUAUGGCAAGUUUAGAUUCUUCUGGAUUAACAAGGCUGGACAUAGCGUACCAAGAGACAACCCAGCUGGAUCCAACGCUUUUCUUCGAGACAUGACGUCAUUCGGUUAAAAAUCGCAAAUAAUGUAUUAUUUUUACCUUGCCCCACUUAAUACAAUAAGAUUCUUUUCAAGUAUUUUAAAUAAAGAAGAUAAUCUAAAUGCUUCUUCUUUAUCUAA